AUGCAAACUCCUCGAAUAUUGUCAAACAGCAGCAAUAAUACAUCGCUAAAUCGUGAAAGCGAACAAGACAUGUUCGUUACCUAUUAUCCACUUGCUCUUGUUGUUUCUGGAAGUUUAUUUAAUCUUGUUACUUUUGGCAUUCUCUGGCGACCAGCUUUUAGAGACACACGCAAACGACCAACCAUUCACUAUAUGCGUACAAUAGCGAUCUUUGAUAUUCUCAUGUUAUAUGUGGAUACUCANAUGUUCGUUACCUAUUAUCCACUUGCUCUUGUUGUUUCUGGAAGUUUAUUUAAUCUUGUUACUUUUGGCAUUCUCUGGCGACCAGCUUUUAGAGACACACGCAAACGACCAACCAUUCACUAUAUGCGUACAAUAGCGAUCUUUGAUAUUCUCAUGUUAUAUGGUUGGAAUUUCGAUCACUUUCUUUAUGGAGCAUAUGGAUUUACUCUUAGUGGAUACUCAGUACCAUUCUGUAAGAUUUUCUCGUUUUGGAAUUACUUUACAUGUCAAGUUUCUGCUUGGCUGCGUGUCUUCAUUUGUCUCGAUCGAUAUUUAUCAUUAAGUUAUCUUCAUAAAACAUGGUUUAGCCAAUCAAAAAAUGUUCUUACUAUUAUUGCCUGUAUCGUUUCAGUCUUUACCAUCAUUAAUUUUCACUUGUUUAUAUUCGCCUGUUAUAAUAAUCCAGAUGGUACACUCAAUAAGGGGUCUUACGUCUACCGUGUAUAUCCAUUAUGGGAUUAUUUAAAUCUCGCUCUUUACAACUGUGUACCAUUUAUUUUUAUGUUUAUAUUCAAUAGUGGUGUCAUUUAUCAUUUAUUUCGUAUUCAUCAGAAUAGUUUAGUUCAAAAUUCUCGAAUUCAACAUCGUUCUAUAUCAAUAACAUUAGUCAUCACAACAUUUUUGUUUGUAAUAAUGACUGUACCAGCAACUAUAUUUUAUGCAUUUUUUUUCCAAACUUCGAGUUACUUUAUCCUACACUUUUUCGAUUCGAUUCUUUACACAUAUCAUGUACUAUCAUUCUUUCUAUACUUUAUUACAUUUCCGGAAUUUCGACGAGAAACUCUAAAAUUGGCAAUAUGUAAUAAAUGGCGCAACACUCAAUCCCUAUCAACUGUUACGAAAUUUUCCACUGCUCCAGCGCAACUGGACGAAAUAUGA